AUGACCCCCCCAAAGCCAAAUAAACCAUUGCUGCUUUAUUUAUCGGCUGUACACGAAUCCCUGGGGUGUAUGCUCGCCCAAGAGGAUGACGGGGUCGAAAGAGCAGUCUACUACCUGAGCCAAGGGCUGACAGACACAGAAAUUCGCUAUAGCGACAUAGAAAAGAUGUGUCUGUGCUUGUACUUCACAUGUUGCAAGCUGCGAUACUACAUGCUGCCAGUAGUGGUGUACGUACUAUCCCAGACCGAUAUCAUUAAGUAUAUUCUAUCAAAACCAUACUUAAGAAAUCGGAUUGGGAAAUGGGCGAUAGCGAUGUCCGAAUUCACAUUAGUGUAUGUUCCCCAAAGAGCAGUGAAAGGACAAGUAUUGGCAGAUUUCUUGGCCGAUCACCCUGGUAUUACCCUCAGGGAGGAAACGAUUAAUUUCUGUGACAUUGCCAUAUGGGAGAUGUGGUUCGACGGGUCCAGGACGAGCCGGGGGGCAGGCGCCGGAGUACACAUCGUCUCGCCCCUGGGGGCAUCUUACCGAUUGUCAUUCAGACUCCAGUUUGAAUGUACCAACAAUCAGGCAGAAUACGAGGCCCUAAUAUUCGGUCUCGAGAUUUUAGCCGAGCUAAAAGCAAAGGCGAUCAACGUAAGAGGCGAUUCUUUGUUGGUCAUCAAACAAGUGAUUGGAGAGUUCAAAUGCAAGUCCGAGUUAUUAAUAAGAUAUUGCAAUAAGGCAAGACACCUGAUUGAAGGCUUUCAGGAUACGAGGAUAGAAUAUAUCGAGAGGGCCGAUAAUGAAAGAGAAACGCUGAAUCUCCACACUGGGGGCAUCACCAUCGACGAGAAGAAAUUCUCUAUCUACCAGUUGGAUGUUACCCAAGAUUGGAGGGUCGAGCUCUUGAAUUGGUUCGAAAAUCCAGAUCCCGCGAAUAGAAGGUUGAGAACUUUAGCCCUAAAUUACGUUGUAUUAGCUGGCGAAUUAUACAAAAAGGGUUUCGAAGGGCUACUCUUCAGGUGCAUCGGCCUAAAAGAAGCAAUGCUUGCGAUGGCCGGGGUACAUGAAGGAAUAGCGGGCGCUCACCAGGCGGGCCCUAGAAUGAGAUGGCUGAUCCAUAAAUACGGCUUUUAUUGGCCGAAGAUGGAACAAGAUUGCAUAAGAUAUGCCAAGGGGUGCGAAUCUUGUCAGAAAUGUGGUCAUAUACAGCAUGUCCCGGCCGAAGAACUACACUCCAUUAUUAAGCCAUGGCCAUUUAGAGGAUGGGCAGUCGACCUAAUAGGGAAGAUAUAUCCUGACUCGUCAGAUGGCCAUACCUUUGUAAUUAUCACCACUUGCUAUUUCACCAAAUGGGUCGAAGCCAAGCCCUUGAAAUCGCCGACGCAAGAAGCUGUGAUCAAGUUCUUCAAAGAAUACCUCGUCCACCGACACGGGUUACCUGAAUCAAUAACCACAGAUCAAGGGACGAUGUUCACAGGAAGCGAUAUAGUUUGGUGGGCUUCUCAAAUGAAGAUAAAAAUGUUACACUCAACAUCAUACUAUGCGCAAGCCAACGGACAGGCCGAAGCCACGAACAAAGCUAUCAAGCUUAUAGUUCAAAAGAUGAUUGAAGAAAACCCAAGACAAUGA